CGAAAUUAUUAUAAAAUCACUGGCUCACGAAUCUUCUUGUCUCGACUGUCGACUGAGCUCAAGCUUUCGCCAAAUAGAAACUUCUUGGAAAGCUACCGUUUACCUUACUCGUCCACACAAAGAGCGAAAGAGUAAGCCGAGAAGCCAUUAAAGGGGAAAGCAAAGCAACAAGUUCUUCUCUCUUCGUUCUCGCAGCCGGGAGUUGAAUCAGCGAGCAGGCAGGGAAAAAAUGCCGAGCAGCUGCGCGAUCUUCUGCGAGAUCCUGAUAGCAAUCUUGCUCCCUCCGCUGGGAGUCUGCCUCAGGCAUGGCUGCUGCACCGUGGAGUUCUGCAUCUGCGUGCUGCUGACGAUUCUCGGCUACCUACCUGGGAUCAUCUACGCGCUGUACGCGAUCGUGUUCAUCAAUCGGGAGGAGUUCUUCGACGAGGCCAGGCGCCCUCUCUACUCCUCUGACUACUGAUGGGUAGAUGCUGACUUUUGGCUUAAAAACAGCGAUCUGAACCGUAUCAUUGCUGUUUCUGUAUGUGUAGUGUGUAUUUCCAUUUCCCGUUGUAGACUCCUUUGAAAAUUUGGAUGUUAAUGAAGCUCUCAAUUAGUUCAAUCUGCUUGAAUCUAUGGCGGAAGGAAGAAUUGCCUGGCUGCUUUCUUGAAUUGGUUUGUUCUUCUUUUGGUUGGACACGCUCAUGGUAGCAAGAAAAAUCUCCACUCCGUCCCUGCUCCACGAGAAGUAAUGGGCAAAGUCGGGGUGGAAACCCUAGCGCUCCCCAUUAGGGGGCGAAACGGCAGAUAUAAAAAUGAGGGCCAUUGAUAUGAAGCUGACUAGCUGAGCCCGCUCUAAAUCUCUGCUCUAUUCGUCUUAUUCCGUUUUUGGCUCCUAGAGCUUAUGCAAAUUAGAUAGUAGUACCUUUACUGUAAAUUUUGCUUCAAGUUUUUCAGUUUUCAAGCUCUGAUUAUUGCCCAAUGAUGGAAAACAAAUACCUUGAUCGGCUGCCGAUGGUUGAACUUUCCGUUUCCAUUGCUAGUCUUCACUCACCACCGCGGUAUCCACCUCCUUAUCUCACCACCACCACCACCGUGCACACACCCCCCCACGACUGCUGUGGUGGUGUUUGAAGGCUGGCUUAUGGAUCCAUCGGCGCUUAAUGAUUCUAAGCUAUGAGAUCUGAGGGCAUUUUUAAUAUGUUUCAUCUUGGUGUAUAUUUUUGAGUAUAUUCAUGUCAUUAGCUUAAAUUUAUUCAACAUUUUGGUUGGACUUUUGGCUAUUGGUAGCUGAAAGUUUCAGUCUUUAGGGCAUUUUGACUAUAGGUUGUGAGUGGAUUUGCCCGAUGAUGAAAGCUCUUGUUGAUUUGAGCUCUCCAGUACUCAUAAUCUUCUUAAUCUCUCUCCAUUGUCACUCUUUGUUGUGUUGUUGUUGUUGUUGUUGUACAGCUACUGCUGCUCUUACUAUUUGCUGGUAGCAGUAGUGGCAUUGUUCUUUCCCUUUUGCUUCCCGUCAGAAUAAAGAUGAGUGACUUACCAUCUAUGAAUUCUCAUAACCAGGAGAAUCUGAGGGCGUGGGAUACUGUUUAUUCUUAUUGUAAUUGAUCCAACUUUUGUGGAAAUUGUUUUUCUGAAAGUGUAAAUGACUAGUGGUAAUUGCAGGCUGUGAUAAAACAUAAUGUUAGGAAGUGUUGGCAGGCUGUGAUCCAACUUUAUUUGUUAUCAGUCUCUUGAUAAAUUUUCAGGUUAGCUCUGUCAAGUGUCAGUCUCAUAGAACAGCCUCUUGAAGGACUCCAUAGCUUCAGCUUCCAAGCAAAUUGUCAAGGACAGACUCCCAUCAGCAUUUUGUGGCAGGAGGUGCCCUGUCCCUUCAAUGUAGUCCACUUUGCUAGUUAGUAUUGGACUUCCCCAUCCAAAGACUGCACCUUUGAAAGGGAGGCUCAUCCAGCUCACCAGCAACAGGUUGGGCGAUUGACAGGGUCGAACCUCGAUGACACCCUCGGGAUUGCUGGGAUCUUCCAUGUAAUUUAUUGAUGACCUUAGAUACUCAUCAUCCAUCCUGGAUAUGGCCUUCCGAAUCCUCCCCACUGUUUGUAGUAAUGGCUCGUCAGCAAGUUCUCGUGUUACAGCGACCGCCGAGGUAAUAACGAUCACGUUGCCAAAGUACUGCCGAGGGAUUGGAGGUUUCAUCCUGGAUCUGGCAUCGACUGGAAUCUGCAAUUUUGUUGGCUGCUCAUCUGUCAAGCCGCGUGCUUUGCUCACACAGCGCCAUAUAUGUGCUGACAGGAUCUCGUAGGUGCUGUAUCUGACCUCUGAUUGGUUGCUCCUUGGAUUGGCCUUCUCCUUCAGUGUGCUCAGUUGGUCUGGUGUCAUCUUCAGGAUGUGGUUGGUAGUUAGUUUUGGCGGGCUUUCUGGCUGUAGUGGCUUGGUGUCUGUAAUCAUGAUAGGGUGAGGAUCAUGCUCGGUGUGGUGAAAUUCUCGGGCUGGUUCUCGAGCUUUGAGAAUCGUGCGGUCCAUAAUCAGCAUGGUUGCAAGGUAUACACCACGAGUCAUCUCUGCCCAAGUGUUGAUGAAGCUGAGUGCUGAUAUGUCAUCCACUACAUUGUGGUUCAUCCCAAUUCCGAGACAAACUCCGCCACAGUUGAACCUUGUUACUUAGAAAGUUAGAAAACAGAACAAUCAACUUGUGAGUGAUUAAGUUUGCACAAAAAUGCAUUGCCUUGUGUUGCAAUUCAUCCCAAGGGGCUCACCUGGAGAAGGAACAGAGGGUAAGAAGAAAUCCCUUUGGAGUAACCAACACUAGGAACCAGCUCGGUCAAUUCAUCCUCAGCUUUAUGCAAGAACUCUCCUAGCUGAUUGAUUGUGGUCUCUACGUCCGCCUCUUGAAACAAGACUCCUUCCCCGUUGCAGUCCAGUUCAAGCCUGCCAUUAUUGUCUCUCCCAAGCCUCCCUGCCAUGGGAUAGAAUGGCACCAGGGCCUUGCUCAGAGCGUCCUUCAUCAUUUUGGCGUCGAAGAAAUCAGAAGAAGUAGAGUGCUGGCUGUCGGCCUCUUUGUAUAUGUAGAUCGUCUUGAGAUGAGUUUUUGGAUGCACAAUGUCCAAGUUCGACAGCCAUAGUCUAUGCCUCGGCGUGCAUUUUGCUGGGCGUACUAUGCUCAUCUGUCUCACACUCACCUUCAUUUUCAUGAAAGAACAGAAGGCAGACCAAGUUUUUAAGACUGGAAAUGAUGAGG